CGUCAUCACGUGGCUCGGCUGAGGUUCGCGAUGGCGGCACCCGUGGACGGGAGCCCCGGCGGCCGGGCGGGUCGGGCGCUGGCUCUGGCCUCGCUGGCCGCGCUGGCUGGGCUGUGGCUGGGCGGCCCAGCGGGAGCCCUCCCCACGCCGGGGCCCGGAUGGCAGCGCACAAACCCCGACCCGCCCGUUUCCCGCAUCCGCUCGCUGCUUCUGGACGCCGCGUCAGGUCAGCUGCGCCUGGUGGACGGCCUCCAUCCCUCCGCGGUGGCCUGGGCCAACCUCACCAACGCCAUCCGCGAGACCGGGUGGGCCUAUCUGGACCUGGGCACAAAUGGAAGCUACAAUGACAGCCUGCAGGCCUAUGCAGCUGGUGUGGUGGAGGCCUCUGUGUCCGAGGAGCUCAUCUAUAUGCAUUGGAUGAACACGGUGGUCAACUACUGUGGCCCCUUCGAGUAUGAAGUCGGCUACUGUGAGAAGCUCAAGAGUUUCCUGGAGACUAACCUGGAGUGGAUGCAGAGGGAGAUGGAGCUUAGCCAGGACUCUCCAUACUGGCACCAGGUGCGGCUGACCCUCCUGCAGCUGAAAGGCCUGGAGGACAGCUACGAAGGCCGUUUGACCUUCCCAACUGGGAGGUUCACCAUCAAACCCUUGGGGUUCCUCCUGCUGCAGAUUGCCGGAGACCUGGAAGACCUGGAGCCAGCACUGAAUAAGACCAGCACCAAGCUUUCCUUGGGCUCUGGCUCCUGCUCUGCUCUCAUCAAGCUGCUGCCGGGUGCACGUGACCUCCUGGUGGCACAUAACACAUGGAACUCCUACCAGAACAUGCUACGCAUCAUCAAGAAGUACCGGCUGCAGUUCCGCGAGGGGCCGCAAGAGGAGUACCCCCUGAUUGCUGGCAACACCGUGGUCUUUUCGUCUUACCCGGGCACCAUCUUCUCCGGUGAUGACUUCUACAUCCUGGGCAGUGGGCUGGUCACCCUGGAGACCACCAUCGGCAACACAAAUUCAGCCCUGUGGAAGUACGUGCAACCCCAGGGCUGCGUGCUGGAGUGGAUCCGAAACAUCGUGGCCAAUCGCCUGGCCGUGGAUGGGGCCACCUGGGCAGAAGUCUUCAAGCGGUUCAACAGUGGCACGUAUAAUAACCAGUGGAUGAUUGUGGACUACAAGGCAUUCAUCCCCGACGGGCCCAGCCCUGGAAACUGGGUGCUUACUAUCCUAGAACAGAUCCCGGGCAUGGUGGUGGUGGCCGACAAGACCGCAGAGCUCUACAAGACGACCUACUGGGCUAGCUACAACAUCCCGUUCUUUGAGACUGUGUUCAACGCUAGUGGGCUGCAGGCCUUGGUGGCCAAGUAUGGAGACUGGUUCUCCUACACUAAGAACCCUCGAGCCCAGAUCUUCCGGAGGGACCAGUCAUCGGUGAAGGACAUGGACUCCAUGGUCCGGCUCAUGAGGUAUAAUGACUUCCUUCAUGACCCGCUGUCACUGUGUGAAGCCUGCACUCCGAAGCCCAAUGCGGAGAACGCCAUCUCUGCCCGCUCUGAUCUCAACCCUGCCAAUGGCUCCUACCCGUUUCAGGCCCUGCACCAACGUGCCCAUGGUGGCAUCGAUGUAAAGGUGACCAGCUUUUCCCUGGCCAAGCACAUGAGCAUGCUGGCGGCCAGUGGCCCCACAUGGGACCAGUUACCCCCUUUCCAGUGGAGUAGAUCGCCGUUCCACAACGUGCUGCACAUGGGCCAGCCCGAUCUCUGGACAUUCUCACCCAUCCAGGUCCCAUGGAACUGAGAAUCUGCCUGCACCCAGUUGCCUUCACUCUGUGUGGCCACCCACCCUUUGGGGCUCUGGUCUGGAUGGUCUCCUCUGCAGGGACACAGACCCAGCGGUCUCAGAGCUGAUUCUCUGCCUCCUCACCGCUCUUGCUCUGUGCCUGUCACCAGUGGGCUGGGGCUUAUGCUUGGCUGUGGGCCUGGUGGGAUCCUAGGUGUCAUUCUCCUACUGCUGGUCCCUCAGUGUCUGUGUGGGACUCCGAUAGGGCUCAUCGUUGCUGUCACUACUAGCCUGCGGGCCCAUCACCUCAGGGAACAGUCCAUGUCCCCUCCUCUGGGCAGCUUUCCUGAGGUAGAAGCUUGAAAACAAAAACCAAAGUUUCUGGCUGCUGGUAGCUGGAGGGUCUUGUGUUCUUUCUGCAGGAGGGGUGCACCAUCACCCUGUUCUCCUGCCCUGCCCCCCAGCCCGAGCUUGCCCCUGGCCUCCUGGUAGGUGUCCCUGGCUCUGUUCCGAGGGAGCCAAGCAUGGGCUGUACUCCCACUGAGUAGGAGGGGCCAUGGCCGUGCUGUGUCUUGUGAGGCAGCAGUGAAGGUCAGGGCCCUGUACCACGCCCUGCCCAUUGUUCUCGCCAUCCAUCUGUCCUUUUACUCCUGUGCCAGCCCAUUACCACUGUCUGUCUGCAUAGCAAGCCACCCACCCUCCCAGCACCCAUCCUCACCACUCACCCAGCCAGAACCGCACACCCUUUCCUUUCGGUUCUGAGACAACCCUUGCUCUGUAGCUCAGGCUGGUCUGGAUUUACAUGUGUGGGCCACCAUGCCUGUUGUCUGCUUUUUAUCUGUCAGUCCACCAGGCUGCCUCUGUCCACUUGUGUGUUCCUCCCUGUGUGUGCAUUUAUCCUUCCCUGUCAGGCUCUCUGUCCAUCAACUCUUUCUCUCAGUAUCCAUCUCACAUGCUAUAUUCUGGGUCCUCCUCUGGCCUGCUCUGCUGACCACCAAGAUCCUAAGUCCUGUUGUGAGGUCCAGAGACCCACAAGAAACAGAGUCCUCCCUGUUUGGUCUCACAGGCUGAGAACUCAAAACCUAUGAACCAGAGGUCUGGGCUCUGGUCCUCUUCCUGCCUAAUCUGUUGGUGGGUCCUGGGAGAUGUGCGCUGCAGUCCCUGAAAUAUAGGCUUCACUCUUGCUCACAGUA